AUGGAACAGAACAAUUCAUUCGUUCUCAAAGAUGUCAGAAUAUUCACUGGACACGAAAUAAUUAACAAAGGCUAUGUGUAUGUCGAGCAUGGCAUUAUCACCCAAGUUGGUGCUGGUGACUCUCCUGGAGAUGCAAAGGAUGGGUUGCCGAUCAUUUCACGGCCUGGUGUUCCUGGGUUGAUCGAUGCUCAUAUUCAUGCACUCGGCGGAGACAUCAACUGUAUCGAGCAGUCCCUGCGUUUUGGUGUCACUACGGUUUGCGACAUGCACAACGAGCCAAGCGAUAACGCCAAACUCAGGCAGCUGGCCAGCGUCUUGGCGAAUAGGUCGAUCUACGCAGACUUCAAAUGUGCUGGUCUGGGCGCCGUCAUUGAAGGCGGAUGGCCUAUCCCGGUGAUCAGAAGAGUCUUCGCUGACAACCCAUGCGGAGAUCAUAUCGUUGACCAGAUCGUGUCGACCUGGCCCAUCUUGCAUAAGCCGGAGGAUGCGGAACCAUUUGUGAAGCAGCAAGUCGAAGAAAACGGAGCAUCUUACAUCAAAAUGUUCCACGAGAUUGGCGACACUCUCGGCAUGGAACUUCCGCGCCCUCCGAUGGAUAUCCAGCAAGCCGUCGUCGCCGCCGCGCACAAGUAUGGUGUGAUCACCACAGGCCACGCCUUUAGCUAUGCUGGUGCCAUGGACCUUCUCCGCGCCGGAGCCGACGGGUUGAGCCACAUGUUCCUUGACAGGCCACCUAGCGAUGACUACAUUCAGAUCAUGUUGAACAACAAAGCGCACUGCAAUCCAACUCUUGGGCAGUGUGCUUCACAAACAGCAGAGGGCCAAGACUUCCAGAAAUCAUUCUUCAAGGACCCGUUCGCCCAAAUUAUGCUCAUCCACAAGACAGCCGGAGAGCCAAUGGGGAUGGCCGCGAAGCAGAAGCCCACGUCCUCUGUGCUGAAUGCAUGUUCAAACACCAAGGCUUUAUACGAAGCGGGCGUCCCUCUCAUUCUAGGAACUGAUGCCGCCGGUGGAGGUGUUGGUCUACCUUACGGUCUUGGGAUGCACAUGGAGAUGCGUGUACUCAUCAAAGAGGUUGGCAUGUCCCCCUUGGAUGUGCUCAAGUCCGCUACAUCGAUUACUGCAGAACGAUUGAAAUUUCGUGAUCGUGGGAGGAUUGAGAGCGGUAGAAAGGCAGAUUUGGUAUUGGUUGAGGGUGAUGUCCUCAGUGCGUUGUCUCUGAGCAACGGGAGGUGCCUUCCCAUCAAAGCAGUGUGGAGAGACGGCGUGCUCGCAUCCAGCUUCGCCGUAUGA